GACAACAAACUCGGUGGACUCGGCGGGAAUAACAAGCAGCAACAGCCGAGCAGUCAGCAGAGCAGUCAAGAGCCAAGCAAUAUGAAUUCCGGAGGAGGUUAUCCAAACCAACAACCAUCCUACGGAGGAUACGGUCAACCACCUCAACAGCCAGGCUAUGGAAACGGUAGCUACGACCCAUAUGGCCAACCCCAGCAACAACCGUAUCCCGGCGGUGGAGGUCAGCCACCGUACCCCGGCUCCAACUCCAAUCAAGGAGGUGGCGGCUACCCAGGACAAGGUGGUGCUCCAUACCCUGGAGGUAGUGGCGGAUACCCUCAGGCUCCUCAAUACGGAUUCUCCGGUGGUCAGGGCUCUGCCCCGCAGCCAAAUCAAGGCGGCUACCCACCCCAACAACAACAGUACCCUCCACAGCAAGGAUAUCAGCAGGGAGGUCAGCAGCAAGGUGGUGGUGGAUUUUUCCCGAAUCAAGGAUAUGGUCAACCAGUAAUGAUCGGCACACCGUCAGUCUUCCCAGUUCAAGGCUUCAACUCGAACGCCGACGCAGAAGUUCUGCGAAAAGCGAUGAAAGGUCUCGGAUGUAACAACUCGAAGGUGAUCAGCAUCCUCUGCCAACGUACCAACUGGCAACGUCAAGAAAUCUCCAAGGCAUUCAAAGUGAUGUACGGAAAAGAUUUGAUCAAAGAGCUCAAGGGUGAGCUCCAUGGAGACUUUGAAGAUCUCAUUCUUGCGCUGAUGGACGCACCGGCAAUCUACGACGCCAAGCAGUUGCACCGUGCAAUGGAGGGUCUCGGCACGAAAGAAUCCGUGCUUAUCGAGAUUAUGACGUCAAGGACUAAUGCUCAGAUUCAACAAGUUCGUGAUGCCUAUAAGAUGCUCUUCAAGAAGGAUUUGGAGAGAGAUUUGAUCGGUGAAACCAGCGGGCAUUUCAAGCGUCUCCUCGUCUCCUUGUGCGCCGGCGGCCGUGACGAAUCCAGCCAAACCGACGGUCUCCGAGCCAACCAAGACGCCCGCCGCCUGCUCCAAGCCGGCGAGAAACGUCUCGGAACGGACGAAUCGACGUUCAACGCGAUCCUCGCAAGUCAGAACUUCAGUCAACUGCGAUUAGUGUUCGAGGAAUACCAAAAAGCCUCGAAUCACUCAAUCGAGAAGGCCAUCGAAUUCGAGUUCAGCGGUGACAUUCGUGACGGACUUCUCGCAGUGAUUGCCGUCAUCCGUAACAGGCCGGCCUACUUUGCAAAGCUUCUCCAUGACAGUAUGAAGGGUCUCGGCACGCGUGACAAUGACCUGAUUAGAUUGUGCGUGACACGUGCUGAAUACGAUAUGGGUGACAUUCGGAACAUGUUCCAAUCAUUGUACAGAACAUCGCUGGAAAAUAUGAUCAAGGGAGACUGCUCGGGAGCUUAUAAAGAGGGAUUGAUCGCUUUGGUUAAUGGAAAUCGUGGAUAAUUUCGCUUAAUUUUUCUAUUUUCCAUUUCAUUUUUCAUUUUUAAUAACAACAUGCAAUCUCAACUUGUACGUGGUGUCAAAGUGUUCCAUUUUGAUUUGAUCUUCGAAAAAUGCGGGUGAAGAGACGCAGACUUUUCAACUGAUUUCGCAUGGUUAAGAGUGUGCUGACGUCACACAUUCAUGGGGAAAAAUUACCGCAUUUUUUGUAGAUCAAACCUCAUUGAGACAAAUUGACACCACGUGAACUUGUAUUUACCAUUUCCCUCUUUUCUCUUAUCACACACAAAAAAUUACGCAUCUGGCUUUUUAUCAAAAUAAUCAUUUCUUCUAUUCCAUUUUUGUAAGGCUUUACUGUAGGUAUGCCUGCCUACGAGGCGGCCUGCGCCUUCCCAAAAUUCAUCCCGAAAUUAUAAUUAGAACACUAAAUUCAAAAGCUGUCUAAAGAAAUACGCAAUUUAUUCAUGUAAUUUAAAGAAGACAUAAAAUUGAA